UUCACCUCAGACGACCAUUGUACCGAUUUCUCGAUCAUCAGACUGAAUUUACUCGAAGAAAGCCUUGUCAAAGACCGACUGAUUUUUUUUGCUGAACACAACAACAAAAAUGUAUACUCAACUUCCGUUUGAUGAGUUAAAAGUAGAUCCUACUCAAAAGAAGAGAGUAGCUUAUUUCUAUGAUUCCGACGUUGGGAAUUAUGCUUACGGUGCAGGACACCCAAUGAAACCACAUCGUAUAAGAAUGGCCCACUCAUUAAUUAUGAAUUAUGGAUUAUAUAAAAAGAUGGAAAUCUAUCGUGCUAAACCAGCAACAAAGCAAGAAAUGUGUCAAUUCCAUACUGAUGAGUAUAUUGAUUUUUUAAGUCGUGUUACCCCGGAUAAUUUAGAUAUGUUUACUAAAGAACAGAUUAAAUUCAAUGUCGGAGAUGAUUGUCCAGUUUUCGAUGGAUUAUUUGAAUAUUGUGGGAUUAGUGGAGGUGGUUCGAUGGAAGGUGCAGCCAGAUUAAAUAGGGGAAAAUGUGAUAUUGCUAUUAAUUAUGCUGGUGGAUUACAUCAUGCUAAAAAAUCUGAAGCUUCUGGAUUUUGUUAUCUUAAUGAUAUUGUUUUAGGUAUUAUUGAAUUAUUAAGAUAUCAUGCAAGAGUGUUAUAUAUUGAUAUUGAUGUUCACCAUGGUGAUGGUGUUGAAGAAGCUUUUUAUACUACCGAUCGAGUAAUGACUUGUUCAUUUCAUAAAUAUGGGGAAUUUUUCCCUGGUACUGGUGAAUUAAGAGAUAUUGGUGUUGGUAAAGGGAAACAUCAUGCAGUUAAUGUUCCAUUGAGGGAUGGUAUUGAUGAUGCUACAUAUAAGUCAAUUUUUGAGCCAGUUAUUACUAAAAUUAUGGAAUGGUAUCAACCAUCGGCUAUAGUAUUACAAUGUGGUGGUGAUUCAUUAAGUGGAGAUAGAUUAGGGUGCUUCAAUUUAUCAAUGCAAGGUCAUGCUAAUUGUAUAAAUUUUGUCAAGUCAUUUAAUGUUCCAAUGAUGGUAGUUGGAGGUGGUGGUUAUACUAUGAGAAAUGUUGCCAGAACAUGGUCAUUUGAAGCUGGUUUAUUGAAUAAUAUUAAAUUACCACAAGAAUUACCAUAUAAUGAUUAUUAUGAAUAUUAUGGACCAGAUUAUAAGUUAGAUGUUAGACCGUCUAAUAUGUAUAAUGCCAAUCUGCCAGAAUUUUUAAAUAAGAUAUUAACCAAUAUUAUUAGUAAUUUAGAAAAUACUAAACAUGCACCAUCAGUCCAAAUGAAUGAAGUUCCAAGAGAUGCAGAAGAUUUGGGAGAUGUUGAAGAAGAUACUACUGAAGCAUUAGAUACUAAAGGGGGGUCCCAACAAGCCAGAGACGAAAUCAUACAACCAGACAAUGAAUAUUAUGAUGAAGAUGAUAAAGAUAAAGAAGAACGUAAUAUAAAUGAAGAAAGUAAACCCACCGAUACCGAUGGAGAUGUUAAAAUGGAUGAAAAUUCCGAAAAACCAGUUGUCACUGAAGAAGAAAUGAAGGAAAUCAAUGAAUUAAAUUCUGAAAAUUGAAGACAAAAAAGCAAAAAACCGAAUGUAUCAAUUAUGUAAUUUAGAUAUAGU